CCGGGUUAUUGAAUGCGGCUUUAGUAUGAGCCCUUGCCGCCACUAAGGCCGCGGUACGGUUUUUCUUAAUUCGCUUUUUUCAUUACCGGUAAAAUGCAGUCGCCUCCGCUGUAUAGUGGCGUUCUAAAGACCGUGGUGCUGCUGCUGUGUUUUGCUGCUCUAAACGGUCUGCCACAUCCCAAUUGUGCUUACACCGCGUCCAGCCUGGACUGCACGCAGGCUAACCUGGAUAUUCCCGGGAAUUUCGACGUCAGCCUCGUGCCGAAUGUCCGCCACCUGCAGUUGUCGUGCCCCAACGUUCACUACCAAACUUUCUGCAAUACACUGCGCGAGGACUGCGAACCGUUGCCAUGGCGAUCGGCACUGGUGCGGGUGACGCUCCAGGGUUUCCAGGCCACAACCGGUCACGAUCACCCACCGUUCGGCCGCUUCCUUCAGAAUAUUGCCCAUCAGAUUACGGAAUUGAGUAUCUAUUACAGUCAAAUUAACGUUGUUGACGCUGAGCUGCUGCGAAGAUUUGCAGCAUUGACGGUGCUGUCGCUGACCAACAACCGCAUCCAGGCGAUCGCUCCUGACGCAUUCCAGGCGCUCAGCUACCCGCGUGCGCCGGACUUCAACCUGACUGUUGCGCCAACAUUACGGCAGCUGAAUCUGAACAGCAACGCCCUGCGCCACAUCGAUUUAACAGUGUUCCGACCAGUUGCUCAAAGCUUGGAUACUCUGGAUUUGAGCUCUCAAAGUCCCUGGUUGAACUCCCUUACCCACAGCGACCCCAGCGUGCAGUUUUUACUGACAACUUUUACUGUCCGCUCUAAUAGCCUGACGAAUUUAUCGCGCGAAGUCCUACAGGCCAUCGCACCGCGGAAGCCGUCGAGUUUCAGUUUUGACCUGGAAAGUAACAGUUUCUGUUCCAGUACAUCCAAAACAGAUUGCUCCUGCUGUGAAAUGGAGAACGUACUGCGAUGGGCAUCCAGUAUUCGAAAACCCUUGACAAACACCGGGAUUCUGUUCAGCUGCGCUGGACGUUCCUAUACCGACCGCUCCGCCUUCACGCUCGACCUGUUUCGAAAUUGUCCUUCACAAACAGCCACUCUCCAGAACGCGGUGUGCUACGAAGCUCCGCCCAUCGUCAUCAAUUGCACCGGCAACGGCGAAAUGGCUACCAGCGAACCCGAUCUGCCCAAGAGCGACGCUUCAGCUGUGGCGUUCUCCGCCAUAAACGGCUUUCGUUGCCGCAGCACCCUAUAUGACAUCCACGUUAAGCUCCUGCAAAUGGCCGACAUCAGCCACUCCAAUCAAAGCCUGCCAGGAAUCGUUACCGCUGUGUGUUCUCAGGGAACACUGACUGCGGAUGUAAGCGAUGCCAACACCGCCAGUGUGACCAAACUGACGCUGGACAGUGACUCCAGUGCAGAGUGCCGGGAGAAACUUCACCAGUUCGUUACGUUCAUCUACACGAAAAAGUUCCCGCGGAACCCGAACCAGAACCUUAACACUUCCCUAGCAAUUAUCCCGGUAGAUCGCUGGACGAAGGAGUUCCUUAUCUGCACGACAGUUCCACCGCUGGUUGUGCGCUGCAACGGAACGACUACAAUCUUUUCGUACAACCAUACAGAUCCAACCAACGCGACGGCUCUGCUUUUCGAAUCGGACGACAGUUUCCGCUGCCGACAGAUCGCCAUCAACAUUCACAAGCACAUUCUCUCCCAACGGAACACCGUUGUCGAAAGUGCUGUUUCCGAAACGACAGAGCGGGAUGCCGUGGUGGCGGUGUGUCAGAAAGGUCAAGUCGUCCUGUCCGAUGGUAACCCGGAGCAGUCGGUGUACGCCAAUAUUCGCUAUUAUUCCGCACCCAAUCAGCUGUGCCGCGAUGCUUUCGCCCGUUUUCGAAAAUACUUGCAGUCAGCGUUGGGCUGAGAUGAACCGGUUUUUUGUCUACAAAUGUGUCCUAAUUAUCUUGUGUGCAAAGAAAAAAAAACCACAUAGCACUAAAGGGCAAAAUUAGCAAAAUUUAUGAAGUAAUAUCAAGGUGUUUACUACUAUCAACAACGGCAUAGAGAGAAUUUGCUGACGACCUUUUGUUUCUUUUUCCGAUUUGUAGUUUAGUUCGCUAGACUUUUGUGGUGUCUUUUUUUUGUGUUUGGGAAAUUUUUCUGUCGGUCAGCAACUUGAUGUUAGCAGAUGGUUGGUGUUCAGCAAACGUUCGGCAAUACGUACAUAUGUCUAUCAGAGAUUUAACGAUUCAACAAAUCGUUGAGUCGGUCG